AGUUAAGCGUGAAAACUUCGAGCAACCAGCAACGAGAGGACACGUCGUGCUAUGCAUUUAAUAUACUUAAUAUAAUUUAAUCGGUUGCGCAAAAAAAUAGCAUACAAAAUAAAAUGAUUUCUUCGGGUAGUGCCAAACACCAAUAUCUGGCUGCCAUAAGUGUAAAUAUUGUGUCCAUAUCGUAUGGCGCAUUUUGUGGCUGGCCCUCGGCCAGUUUCCUGGAACUGGGCGGCGAGGAUAGUCCUUUGGCAACGGGACCAUUAAGCAAUCAGGAUCAGGGCUGGGUGGCAUCCACCGUAUGCAUUGGUGGACUCUUCGGCGGCAUUCUGUUCGCCUGGCUGGCGGAGAGGAUCGGCAGGCGAUGGUCGCUGCUCUGGCUGGCCGUGCCAAAUCUGAUUGGCUGGAUUAUCAUACCAUUUGCCAGCACGCCAACGCACUUGAUUGUUGCUCGCUUCAUUGGCGGCGCCGCGGGCGGUGGCUGCUUUUCGGUGAUACCAAUUUAUAUAGCCGAACUGGCAUCGGACAGUGUUCGCGGCGUUCUGGGCACUUUCCUGGUGCUCACCUGCAAUGGCGGUGUCGUCUUGGCCUUCGUGCUGGGCUACUACUUUGACUAUGCCACAGUGUCCUGGCUGGUCUCCACCCUGUCCUUUGUGUUUGUGGGCUGCUUCUGGUUUAUGCCAGAGACGCCACAGCAUCUGGCCAAGCAGAAUCGCGUGCAGGAGGCUGAGCAGUCGCUGCGCUAUUAUCGCAAUAUACGCAUCAGUCCCGCCACCGAACUCAGUGAAGAUCUCAAACUGGAGCUGGAAAAACUGAAGCCCACGGAAAAAACCGAUCUCGAUGCCAAGGAUGACAAUGCGGAGGACGAAAACGCCGUCACGUGGGCGGAUUUUGCUGAUGCCAAGGUGCGCAAAGCCUUUCUCCUGGGUCUCGGCCUCGUCACGUUCAAUCAGCUGUGCGGCUGCUUUGCGAUGGUCAACUAUACGGCUGUGAUUUUUGAGCAGGCUGGCGCCAGUCUGGCACCCACCGUCUCGGCCAUUAUUGUCGGUUCGAUACAGCUGCUCGGCACCUACACGUCCACGCUGCUGGUGGAGCGAUUGGGUCGCAAAAUACUGCUGCUUGUGUCGGCCGUGGGCAUUGGCCUCGGCCAGAGCGCCAUGGGCAGCUACAGCUACCUGAAGGUGCUGGACUACGAUGUCAGCUCGUACGGCUGGGUGCCCGUUGCCGGCUUCUCCUUUAUGCUGCUGCUGGCCGCCAGCGGACUGCUGACGUUACCCUUUCUGGUCAUAGCGGAGAUACUGCCGCCCAAAAUACGCAGCACAGCGAAUAUGAUACUGAUGUCGGUGCUGUGGGUGAUUGCCACAGCCGCCAUUAAGUUGAUGCCCCUGUUUACAGCCACACUGGGCAUGCACGGCACUGUGUUCAUGUUCGCCAGCAUGUCCUUUAGUGCGGCGCUGUUCAUUGCCAUAUUCGUGCCCGAAACCAAGGGCAAGACCACUGAAACCAUCUUGGCCAAUCUCUAGUAUUAAAAUUAAUUUUAAAUGAUUUGUUAAUGUUUUUUUUUAUUAAUAUAUAUAUGCAGGGGCGACAGACACGCAGCUUCCAGCAUUAAUUG